AUGCGCAAUCUCCGCCGGGGUGUGAAGGUAGGUGGACUGUGCGACCUCAACACUUCGCUCCAGAAUAAGCCCUUUAUUAAACACCCCGCAUAUGGCCCGAAACCAAUAAACGAUUUAUUAAACAAACCCGCCCUGGGCGCGGGGAAAAAUCCGGCCGGGCGUAAGCUAGAUUAUUCUAUGAUUCCAUCGAUGGGUAACGUACAAUACCUUUGCUAUGUCCCGGCCCCGUACACCCAGAGGGGAGGUCGAGUCUUUGCCACAGGUAGUGGUGGUCGGAGAGCUUAG